AGUAAUUAAAAAAUUGUCACUGAUUUUCUCAAAGAAUGUCGGAGUUGUCUUAAUUGUUGAGACAAAUAAAUAUUAUUGAAUUAAUGAUCAAUCCAUUAGAAAAUUGGUUAACGGUCCCCUAUGCUCUGUGCUCUGUUUACAUUUUUAUUUUUUCCGUCAAAUGAACUGCUGUUUAUUGCUCGUCAAGAUUACCUUAUAGUUAAUUGAUUGUUUAUUGUUGCCUUUUUAUUUCUAGUUGAAAAUUAACAACAAAUAAUGAACACUAUCAAAAGUAAAUUCAAUCCAACUAGUUUAUCCUCUCAUUGUCUCAAGCGAAAUCGAUUAUUAAGAGCUUCGUCUUAUUUGAUUAACAAAUGUCCUUACUCAUCAACGCUAUCUUCACCGUUGGACGAUCAGUUGUUGGCUUCUCAAAAAUUAUGUGCUAAUCAUUUAACAUUUCUCACUGGUAAAAGAUUAUAUUCCCAAUCUUCAGGUGAAGGUAAAGAUGGUCAACUUAGUUGUCCCAAAUGCGGCAAUCCUUGUACUCAAGUGGAAACCUUUGUUUCCUCAACUCGAUUUGUAAAAUGUGAAAAAUGUCAUCACUUUUUCGUGGUUCUAUCAGAUGUGGAUUCGAAAAAAACUAUUCAAGAGGCGCGUUCUCCUAAAAGCAAUUCAGAAAACAAUAAUUCAGCAAGAAGACCUCCUCCACCUCCUCCUAAGAAGAUCUAUGAAUAUUUAAACAGGCAUGUGAUCGGACAGGAACAAGCUAAGAAAGUGUUGUCAGUAGCUGUCUACAAUCACUAUAAAAGAAUAUAUAAUAACAUCCCUUUGAGUUCAAACAAUCGUCAAAAAACAGGAGCACCAGAAGGAACAAUUAUAGAGACUCAUUCCAAUGAUUUAUUGAAUAUUUCUGGAUUAGGACAUAGCAGUAACGCGCUUGGAGUUAGCAAUUUCGCCCAUCAUUCAACUUUCCCUGCUGGCGAAUCCAAUGCGGAAGGAUUCAACACUGACUCCAGGUCAUCUAAUCGUGGAUCUGAUAUACUUGAUUCUAAAACUCAUGAACUAAAAUUAGAGAAGUCCAACAUUCUCUUGCUUGGACCUACAGGAAGUGGUAAAACUCUUUUAGCGCAAACAAUAGCAAAAUGUUUAGAAGUUCCCUUCGCCAUUUGUGAUUGUACUACUCUAACUCAAGCUGGAUAUGUUGGAGAAGAUAUUGAAUCAGUUAUAGCUAAACUUCUUCAAGACGCAAAUUUUAACGUUGAACGUGCUCAACAGGGUAUCGUUUUUUUAGAUGAGGUUGAUAAAAUUGGCGCUGUUCCCGGUAUUCAUCAGCUUAGAGACGUUGGUGGAGAAGGUGUUCAACAAGGAAUGCUUAAAAUGUUAGAAGGAACAUUAGUCACCUUUCCUGAACGAAAUGCUCGUAAACUUCGAGGUGAUGGUAUUACUGUGGAUACGACUAACAUAUUAUUCGUUGCCUCUGGAGCUUUCAAUGGAUUAGAUAGAGUAGUUAGUCGUCGUAAAAAUCAGAAAUACCUUGGUUUUGGUGCAACUGUUAACGAAUCGUUAGGCCGUCGAGCUGUUUCAGCGGCUGAUGUUGCUAACAAUUAUGCUUCUAACUCUACUGCAGAAGAUUUAGCUGAAAAGGAUAAUCUGCUUCGAUGUGUUGAAGCUCGUGAUUUGAUAGAGUUUGGUAUGAUUCCCGAGUUUGUUGGUCGUUUUCCAGUUGUUGUUCCGUUUCAUAGUUUGACAGAUGCCAUGUUGGUUGAUAUAUUGACAAAGCCACAAAAUGCUCUUGUGCCUCAAUAUCAGAUGCUUUUCUCAAUGGACAAAGUAGAGCUGACAUUUCAUGAGAAUGCCUUGAAAAAGAUAGCUAAAUUUGCAAUGGAGAGGAAAACAGGAGCCCGUGGAUUAAGAGCAAUUAUGGAAAAUCUUUUACUCGACGCUAUGUUUGAGAUUCCAGGAUCCAAUAUUUCAGCGGUUUAUAUUGAUGAAGACGUCGUGGUGGGCAACAGUAAACCAAAAUAUAUGUACUCGACUAGUACAGAACAAAGUGAAAACGAAUCUUUUGAUGAGAGAAAUUAUGACGAAAGAUAUAAAUAUCAAUCAUGUAAAUAAGUUAAUUACUUUUGUUUUUUUUGUGUAAAAAAUUUUAUUCACUUAAACUUGUUUAACAAAUAAAAGCCUAUCAGAUGCGUAUAA